AUCUACUCCUAUCGGAGAUGGGUAUAUACCUCAGUUCUCCGAAAACGGAGAAAUUUUCAGAAGAUGGUGAGAAUGCUAGGGUUAGAUAUGGUUCAUCAUCAAUGCAAGGAUGGCGAGCAACUAUGGAAGAUGCUCAUGCAGCAAUUACUGACUUGGAUGCUUCCACUUCCUUUUUUGGUGUCUAUGAUGGUCAUGGAGGUAAAGUUGUUGCUAAAUUUUGUGCCAAGUAUCUCCAUCAACAAGUCCUCAAGCAUGAAGCGUAUCUGCAAGGAGAUAUUGGAACGUCAGUCCAGAAAGCCUUUUUCAGAAUGGAUGAGAUGAUGCGUGGUCAGAGAGGAUGGAGGGAGCUAGCUGCGCUAGGGGAUAGAUUAAACAAGUUUUCGGGUAUGAUAGAGGGUCUCAUAUGGUCUCCAAGAAAUGGUGAUGGAAACGGAAAUACCGAUAACUGGCCGUUUGAGGAGGGUCCUCACUCUGAUUUUGCUGGACCAACUUCUGGAUGUACGGCUUGUGUUGCGAUCAUUAGAGAUAACCAACUCAUUGUUGCGAAUGCCGGUGAUUCUCGCUGUGUGAUUUCAAGGAAAGGCCAGGCAUAUAAUCUAUCGAGGGAUCACAAGCCUGAUCUUGAGGUUGAAAGAGAGAGAAUUUUGAAAGCAGGUGGUUUCAUCCAUGCAGGGCGUGUUAAUGGCAGCUUAAAUCUUGCAAGAGCUAUAGGUGACAUGGAAUUCAAGCAGAAUAAGUUUUUGCCAGCUGAGAAGCAAAUUGUUACAGCCGAUCCAGAUAUAAAUAUUGUUGAAUUGUGCGAUGAUGAUGAUUUCGUUGUCCUAGCCUGUGAUGGUGUAUGGGACUGCAUGUCAAGCCAGCAGUUAGUGGACUUCAUUCAUGAGCAGCUCAACUCGGAAAACAAACUUUCUGCAGUAUGUGAGAGAGUUCUUGAUAGGUGUUUGGCACCUACUGCUGGAGGUGAAGGAUGCGACAACAUGACCAUGAUUAUAGUACAAAUCAAAAAACCUGUUCCCUCCGGGGCUUCUCCGGUUGAUGAACCGUCAGCUUCUCCAGGAGAUGAGCCAUCAACUUCGAGUGAGAAACUCCCUGCUUCAGAUGAUGCAAAUGCUGAACCGGCUUCUCCGAGUGAUGAACCGUCAUCUUUGAGUGAGAAACUCCCUGCUUCAGAUGGUGUGAAUGCUGCAUCAAAACCAGCAGAGUGUGGAUCAAGUUCAUAGUCAACAUAUACACCCCCUCUUAUUGAAUCUGGAACUUCCCAAAAGUCCCAUCUGCAGUUGUAAAUGAUUAUUUUUGAGCUACGAGGGAUCAACUGCUGAAAAGAUUAUACUUUUACUGCUGCUGGUUGUACAUGUUUUUUGUAUUGUACUAUAAUUACUCUUUGGAUGACAUGUAUAGAUGACUAGACCAGAUGUCCAGAUGUUGUUGACAUGAAAAGUAAAAAAAAUCCCCAAAAAAAUGUUAUCCAAA